CAUGAACAAUGACACUUGGGGUGUCUCAGAGCUGAACAACACAGAGGUUGUGGGACUUCUGUAAAGUACGCAAAGCGGCUGUUCAACAUUGUUGAGGAAACCUGUUUUAAUACAUGUAAAGGGUAGGCAAAAGCCUUGCAAAAUGGACAGGUGACAACUACAAGCAACUGUUGUCAGAUAGCUCUGAAUCGGCUUUUUAUCGAAGCGUGAAAGGAUUUACCGAAAAAAACAGGAAAAUACAGCAGGAAGUGAGCAUCCAGGAGAGCUGGCCUGCAAUUUUACUGGAACAAUCAGAGGCUUGAUUCACAAUGUAAUUCUACAGUCAACCCUGAGGACUGAGGAGAGAUACCUAGCUGCUAUAGAUACUCUGGUGAAAGAGAGACUCACAGGCUGAGGUGAGGCUGGCAAGGGAAGAGAAAUGGAUGUGUUCGGUGGAGCACCCCGGUUCCUGGCCUACCCUCGUCCUGUGGUGGUGCAGAGUGGCACUGAUGCUGUCCUUAAAUGCCAGAUCAGUGGGGAUCCAAGACCAGCAGUCAUAUGGGAGAGAAACAAUGAAAAAAUCCAUCCCGGUGGCAGAUAUCGCUUGUUUGAGGAUGGAAAUAUCUACAAUCUCAUCAUCACUGUUGUGACAGCAGAAGACAGUGGCCAGUACAUAUGCAAAGCUAAAAACUGCAUAGGGGAGACAUAUGCUGCAGCAACAUUAAAAGUAGAAGGCGAAGCUCAAGAGAUGGAGCUGAGAGAAGAGAACAAGCCCCGCUUUCUAAUCAAACCCCUGUCUACGCGAGUGGGCCGAGGAGAUGAUGCAGUCUUCUCCUGUAAGCUAUGGGGAAAACCUAGGCCAGAGGUGGUGUGGGAAAAGGAUGGCAAGAAGCUAAAUGAGAUCUUCGAGAGUACACAUUUCAGUGUCGGGUACCAGGACGGAGGAUGGUUUCAGCUAAAGAUUUUCAAAACCCGGGCACCUGAUGGUGGAGUGUACACAUGCAAAGCCAGGAAUGAGUUUGGUGAAAGUCUGGCUGGAGCUGUGCUGCUGGUGGAUGCUGGCCCUGGACAUGAAGAUGAGGGAAACCGCAAUGGUUAUACUAAUGGCCACUGGAAGGCACAUCAGGGAAAGCAGAGAAGCAGUAGGCAUGUUGUAACAAGGCUAAAAGAAGACCCCGUGCUGACUUCAGCCAAAGUAAAAAUGUUUGCUGUGACAGAAGGAAAACAUGCAAAAUUCCGUUGCUAUGUGACAGGAAAACCCAAACCAGAAAUCAUAUGGAGAAAAGAUGGAAGAAUAAUUUUGUCUGGAAGGCGGUAUCUUCUAUAUGAAGACAGAGAGGGAUACUUCACACUUAAAGUACUGUACUGCAAACAGCAGGAUAACGGAGUAUAUGUUUGUGCUGCAUCCAACACCGCAGGACAAACACUAAGUGCAGUACAUCUUUUUGUUAAAGAACCACCUGUAAGAUUCAAGCAACCACUCAAUGACCUUGAAGUCUGGGAGCGGGACCUGGCCAUCCUUGAGUGUGAAGUACCGGAGGACUCUGUGCCCAUCACAUGGUAUUUAGAAGACAGGAGGCUACAGCCAGGGGCCAAAUAUGGGAUGGAAGAGUGGGGAACAAAGCGCCGACUCACAAUCCGUGACAUGGGAGUUGAUGAUGAUGGGAUCUACCUCUGUGAAAUGCCAGAUGGAGGAAGAAGCAUAGCUGAGGUAACUGUGAAAGGUACAAUCGUAAGAAAGCUGCCCAGAAAAGUAGAUGUUCUGGAAGGGGAAAAUGCUGCUUUCUGUGUGGAAGUAGAAGAGGAGGAAAUGGACAUUCACUGGUACAAAGAUGGGACAGAGCUGAGGGAGACACAUCAGACCAUCAUCAAAUCAUUUGGCAGAACUCACAUCUUGGUCUUUGUUAAUACUACACCUCAAGAUUCUGGCAUGGUCAUUUUCUACGUUGGUAGAUCAAAGACAUCAUCUCAGCUAAGGGUGAAAGCGGUUAGGCAAUGUCCACCUAGCUGCCCUGUUGGGGUUCAGAUAAACACAGAGCGUGCAAAUGCAGCGCUCCUCUCCUGGGUUCCCGCACAGGACUGUCGGAAGAAUCCACCCUCAGGCUACAUCCUAGAGAGACAAGAAAUAGGUUCUCAGGAGUGGCUCCAGUGCCUAACCACUGACUCAGCGACCUCAGUGGAAAUUCUUGGUGACAGUGUUCCAUGUGAGGCUGACUACAGAUUCCGCAUCUGUAGUAUCAACAAGUAUGGAAGAAGUGGAUAUGUGGAGUUCCCUCGAGCAGUUCAUCUGGUUCCAGUAGCAAAAAUACAAGCACCUCUACAAGAUGCACUGGUGCCUGAAGGCCAGGAUGCCUAUUUUUCCAUUGAGCUGUCUGCCUCAGUCAUAGGCACUUGGUUUUGGAACGGCAACCAAGUUCAAGAAGAUGAACGUUUUCUCAUUAGACGGUCUCGAACACACCAAUCACUUCGAAUUCGAGGGGUACGAGACACUGACAACGGAGCUGAAAUCACCUUCAUUGCCUAUGGAAUUCGUGAUUCAGCAGCUCUAUAUAUACAAGCUCCACUAGUUAAAUUUACUCCACUAUCUGAGAUGGACCGAAAUAAGUUUGUGGAAGUAGGCAAUCCAAUAGUCCUCUACUGUGAGCUGUCAGACCCUGAAGCACCAGUCCGCUGGUACAAGAAUGGAGUUGAACUGCACUCGGUUGAAGGUCUUCACAUUCAAUCAGAAGGAACAAUGAGGAGAAUUGUCAUCCAGUCAGCUGAGUUCUGCCAUUCAGGGGUUUACAGCUGUGAUGCCAUUGAUGAUGUCAUCAGGUUUAAUGUGGAAGUUGAAGCCCCACCUGUGAGGUUCAUAGCACUUCCAGACCUGGACAGAAAUAAGUCCAUUGAAGCUGGAUGUCCAAUUGUACUGCAAUGUGAGCUCUCAGAUCCAAGUGCCCAGGUCUUCUGGUACAAAGAUGAAGCAAAACUCCUCCCACAGACCGGACUAGACUUCCAGUCUAAUGGAACUAAGAGGGCACUGGUAGUCGAAAAGGCUGACUUUUUCCAUUCUGGGGUGUACAGCUGCAAGACAAAAGGUGCUGCUGUCCAGUUUAAUGUGGAAAUCAAAGCUCCACCAGUGAGAUUCUCAGCUGGUCCGGAAACUGAGAGGAGAAAGUGCAUUGAAGCAGGCUCCACCAUUGUUCUGCAGUGCGAGAUAUCAGACUCCUCUGGGCAGGUCCGCUGGUUUAAGGAUGGGAAGCAAAUUCUUACACAAUCCUGUGUAGACUUCCAAUCAGAAGGCUGCAUAAGGAGAUUAAUUAUUGAAUCAGCAGCCCUGUCUCACUCUGGUGUGUACAGGUGCACAACAAAAGAUGACAUUAUUGAGUUUCAAGUCGAGAUCAAAGCUGUGCCAGUGCGAUUCUCAACUGUUCCGGAAGUUGAGAAGAGUAAAUGCAUUGAAGCUGGCAGCUGUUUUGAACUCCGCUGUGAGGUAUCAGAUCCUACAGCAGAUGUUCACUGGUAUAAAGAUGAAACAGAGAUUCUCACGGACACUGGCUGGGACAUACAGGCAGAAGGCACACUGAGGAUGCUGGUAGUCCAGUCAGCAGAACCCAGCCACUCUGGAUUAUACAGCUGCAACAUGCCUGAUGACUCCGUACAGUUCACUGUGGAUAUCAAAGCUCCACCGGUGAAGUUCUCGGCCUUCCCAGGGGUUGUGAAGAACCAGCUGUUUGAAGCAGACUACCCCACUGAGCCACACUGUGAGAUCUCAGACCCACCGGCCAAGGUGUGUUGGUACGAAGAUGGAGUAGAGCUCCUCUCAAAAAGUCAACCUCAUAUCAAAAUGGAGGAUACCAGGAGAAAGCUUGCUGUAAAGGCAGCGCAGCCCUCUGAGUCUGGAUGGCACGACUCUCUGAGAAAGGAUGAUGUCAUCCAGUUUAAUGUACAAGAUGAAGCUCCACCUUUGAAACGGCUGGAUGUCCCUGAUGUUGAGAAGAGCAAAUGUACUGGAGAAAGCAUCUCUACUGCACAACAAUGUAAACUUCUGGAUUCCACUGAAUAUAAUUACCAACUAAAAGAUGAGGGAGAAAUACUAUCUCAAGACGGAAUUGAACCUGAGCCUCAAAUUAAGUGGGAGAUGCCUAUAAGAACUUUAAGCAAUGAAUCAUCUGAGACACCAGACAAUGAAACAAACAGACCUAGGACACCAGAUGAUCACCCCCCGUUUAAUGCGGAUAAAGCCGAGCAGUCUCACUCUGAAGUGUACAAGGGUGAGACCUAUGAUGACACUGUCCAGUGCACUGUGGAUAUGAAAGCUGAAUCCUUCCCUGAAAUCGCAAAGACCAACAUCAUUAAGGAAAGCUUGGGUGUCACAGAUGGUUCUGAAUUUGCAGAGAGCAAGAUCAUUAAGGAAAGCCUGGGUUUCCUCCAGGGAACAGCAAUUCCUGAGUUGGCCAAGAAUGAGGUCAUUAAGGAAAGCUUAAGCUUUACAGACAUUCCCAAGCUCACAAAGAGUAAGAUCCUUAAGGAAAGCUUGAGCUUCACUGCAGUUCCUGAUUUGGCUGAGACUGAGAGCACUAAAGAAAGCUUAAGCUUCACAGAACUUCUUGAAUUUUCAAAGAGCAAGAACCUUAAGGAAAGCUUGAGCUUCACAGCAGUUUCUGGUUUUUCCAAGACGGAGAACACUAAAGAAAGCUUAAGCCUUACAGAUGGUUCUAAUGUCUCAAAAAGCAAGAACCUUAAGGAAAGUUUGAGCUUCAUAGCAGAUCCUGAUUCAGCCAAGACGGAGAACACUAAAGAAAGCUUAAGCUUCACAGAUGGUUCUAAUGUCUCAAAAAGCAAGGACCUUAAGGAAAGUUUGAGCUUCAUAGCAGAUCCUGAUUCAGCGAAGACCGAGAACAUUAAAGAAAGCUUAAGCUUCACUGACGGUUCUAAUGUCUCAAAAAGCAAGGGCCUUAAGGAAUGCUUGAGCUUCAUAGCAGAUCCUGAUUCGGCCAAGACCGAGAACACUAAAGAAAGCUUAAGCUUCACAGAUGGUUCUGAUUUUGCAAAAAGAGAGAUCAUUAAGGACAGCUUGAGCUUGACAACAUUUUCUAUGUUGGACAACACUGAGAUCAGUAAGGAAAGCUUAAGCUUCACAAACUGUCCUGAGUUUACAAAGAGCAACAUCAUUCAGGAAAGCUCGAGCUUUACAGCUGUUCCUGAGUUGUUAAUGAAGGAGAACAUUGAGGAAAGCAGUCUAAAACCAGUUCAGCAUACAAAAUCAGACUCCACUGCCCCAUUCCGCAUCUACAAGGAUGAAGAACUACUCCAACCACAAUGUGUUAAACAGGAAACAGCUUGCAGCUUUCAAGAAGACGACAGAAGUUACUUCCAAGUACAAGAAAUGUGCACGGAUGACGAUGUUUUAGCAUUUAAGGUGGAUCGUGAAGUUACAAAGAUGAAUAUCUCAGCACCUCAAGGCAUGUCGGAUGAGAAGGCCUUUGAAGAAGGCUGUCUCACAGACCUGGGUGAGAUCUCUGAAAAGAAGGCCCAAAUCUUUGGGCAUGGAGACGUUUCAAUAGUCCAGCAACAACAUGGGGAAAACAUGAUGUCUAAUCUGACCUCAAAGGAACAGUUUGCACAGUUAUCCAAGAUACCACACAAAGAGGUGCUGACAACUGAGACAAAGAAUCAAUCUGUGAUGUAUCAAGACCAAGUAAAAGCACCUUCACCUAAACCAGUAAAAUUUGCACCACUCCCUGAGACUGGCAGGACUAAGACCAUUGAAAGUGGUAUGCCUCUAGUACUCCAGUGUGAAAUAUCAGAACCAGAUGCCCCAGUUUGUUGGUUCAAGGAUGGAAUACAACUCCAAACGAAAAAUGGAUUAGUGAUCCAGUCAGAGGACCGCAUACGAAGGCUGGUUGUUCCGACUGCAGAGCUCUGUCACACAGGGGUGUACAACUGUGAGGCAAUGGAUGAUGUCAUAAAAUUUAAGGUGUAUGUCAAAGCUGCACAGCUGAAAGGUUCAACGCUCACUGAGACUGAGAAGAAUGAAAUGAAAUCUGAUGAAGCAGACAAUGCAAGUGCUCCACAAAAAGAGCCUCUAGAUUCUACAGCUCAGGUCUGCUGGUACAGACAAGAGCAGCAACAACAAAUUCAAGAGUGUCUCACUGUAACACAAUCAGAAGAGAUCAGAUCAGAAGAGAUCAAAUCAGCUGAGCUGUCUGACUCUGGUGUAUACAGUUACAAAAUAAAGGAUACCAACAUGCUGAGUACUGUGGAUCCACCAGCACCAACAGUGAUGUUCUCCACUGUCACUGAAGCUCAGAGGAAUAAAUCUGCUGUAGUUGGAGAGCCGUUUGAAUUGGAAUGUGAGGUCUCAGAUGCUGCUGCUUAUGUAUGCUGGUACAAAGAUGGAAAUGAGCUGUCAUCAGAAGCUGGAGUUUUGGUUACAUCUGAAGGUACAAUAAGAAAACUCUCUGUACAGUCAGCUGAAUUAUGUCACAGUGGAACAUACAACUGCAAGACAGAUGCUGAUGCAGUCACAUUCAACGUGGAUAUCAAAGCUUCAUCUACGAGGUUUAAACCACUUGCAGAGAUGGAGAGGAACAGGUCCAUUGAAUUAGACUCACCAACUGUUCCAAAAUAUGAGAUUUCAGACUCCGAAAGCCAGGUUUGCUGGUAUAAUGAUGGCACAGAACUCCUCUCAGACAGUGGACUUAAUACCCAAAGAGAUGGAAAUGUGAGGAAAUUAACUGUUCAAUCAACUGAGCUUUCUGACACUGGACAUUUCAUCUGUGGCAGUCCUGAUGAUGCUGUGUCAUUCAAGAUGGCCAGUCAAGCUACUCCCAUUAGGUUCUCUGCCCUUCCAGACGUGGCAAGAAACAAGUUCAUUGAAGCAGGCUGCCCCAUUAUACUUCAGUGUGAAAUCUCCGAGUCAGCUGCCCAAGUUUCCUGGUUCAAAGACGGAGUGCCACUCCUUCAAGAGACUGGACUUGACAUCAAAUCAGAGGGCACCAUGAGGGCACUGAUCAUCCAAUCAGCUGAACUCAAACACUCGGGCACGUAUAGCUGUGAAGCUGGCGAUGAUCGUAUAGCAUUCAAGGUGGAUGUUGCAGCUUCACCAGUGAGGUUCACAGCUGUCCCUGAGACUGAGAAGACCAAGUCAUUUGAAGCAGGCUCACCUAUCAUUCUCCAGUGCGAGAUAUCUGAGCCCACUGCCCUGGUCCAAUGGUACAAGGAUGGGACUCAGCUCUUCCCUCAAUCUGGAGUUUUCUUCCAAUCAGAGCACACCAUGAGGACAUUGGUUAUCCUGUCAGCCACGUUUUCCCACUCUGGGGUUUACAGUUGUAGUACAGCUGAUGAUAUCAGCGAGUUUUAUGUGGACAUUAAAGCACCCGCUGUGACAUUUGUCUACAUCCCAAAGGAAGAGCUCCACAGAAAUGUAGUGGAACAAGACAAACUCUUCCUUUGUUGUGAGGUGUCAAGAUCUGAUGCCAUUACACAAUGGUACAAAGAUGGAGUUGAGAUACAGACCUGUAAUAAAGUCAUAAUAGAGACAGAAAACACCAUGCGAAAACUGAUCAUUCCAUCUGUUCAAAUGUCGGAUGCUGGGACAUAUACAUGUCGUGCAGGAGGCAGUGCCUUAAUAUUCAAAGUUAAUGUACGAGAGCCUCCCGUAAUGAUUGUCUAUCCCAAGGAAGAUGUUCAUCUUGAUCGACAUGUUCCAGAGGAAAUUGUCCUCAGCUGUGAACUUUCACGUCCAAAUGGAAAAGUGACUUGGUUCAAGGAUGGACAGAAACUUCAAGAAAGCGAAAAUAUGAAACUGAAAACAGAAGGUCCAUACAGGAGACUGAAGAUUCUUCACAGCAGAGUUGAGGACUCAGGAGAGUAUGUCUGUGACACUGCUGAUGACUCAAAAUUCUUCCAUUUAAGCAUAAAAGAACCCCCAGUACGCAUAGUUUCCCCAAGCCAAUCCCAAAUGGAACUUUGCCAGCAAAUGUCAGAGAGGAUGGUGCUGAGUUGUGAAAUUUCCAGAGCCAAUGCUUCUGUGCGCUGGUAUCGAAAUGGGCUCGAGGUAGAAGAGAACAACAACCUAAUUCUUGAAGUUGAUGGUAUUUACAGAAGACUCAUUAUACCAGAGACAACAGUCAGUGAUUCUGCAGAAUAUGUGUGUGACACAGCUGACGACUCUGUGACAUUCUUCGUAAACAUUGCAGAACCCCCAGUGCGAUUUAUUCGGCCAAGGAAAAUGGCCUACGAAGUUGAAAAAUUUGUUGGAGAAACCAUAGUGCUUGACUGUGAGGUGUCUAGAUCAAAUGCAGAAGUCAGUUGGAAGAAGAAUGGAGAAGAGAUUGAGGAAAACAGUAACAUAACCAUAACUGAGGAUGGCUGUACUCGACAAUUAACAAUUCAUUCAUCACGGCUUGAAGACACAGGCCAAUACUUAUGUGAUGCCAAAGAUGAUGUAAUGGAUUUUAGUUUGAAAAUAAAUGAUUCACCACUCAAAUUUCUGCACAAAAGUGCUAUAAUAACAGACAGGCAUUUUGUAGUGUCAGAUGCCAUUGUGCUCAAGUGUGAACUUUCCAGAGCAAAUGGUGUAGUCUGCUGGUACAAGGACAAUAACAGAAUUGUGCUUAAUGAUCAUGUCACAUUUGAAGAAGAAGGGGCAUUCAGAUCUCUAAUCAUCUUAAAUGCAGAGAUUGGGGACACUGGUGAAUAUAUAUGUAAUGCGAAGGAUGAUGAGCUUGUCUUUAAUAUCACAGUGCAAGAGGCACCAGUGUCUAUCCUAAGGAACCCUAGGACCCCAGAACACUACUCACUUGUGGCUGGAAACGAGCUGAUCCUUGAAUGUGAGGUGUCUCGAGAGAAUGCCACUGUUCACUGGCUCUGUAAUGGGAAAGUACUGCAGGCAGAUGCCCGAAUCAAUAUUGAAAGGAGAGGCACGAUGAGAAAACUUGUGCUCUCAAACCUUCAAGUGUCCGACUCAGGAGAAUACAUAUGUGACGCCAUUGAUGACAAAAUGAACAUCAUGGUGACAGUUCAAGAGCCACCAUUCAAGUUCAUCAAAAAGGAAGAAAUAAACAUUGAUGCCUAUGAAGAAGAAAGCGUGACAUUGUGUGCUGAGGUUAACAGAGAUAAUGGGUCUGUGCAAUGGAGCAAGGGAGGCAAAAAAAUUAGUGAUCAUCGUUUUUAUGCCACGAGUGAUGGACCUACCCACUACCUCACUAUCAACCAUCUUAAAAAAUCAGAUGCUGGAGAAUAUGAGUGUGAUGUGGGAACAGACAAAGCUCAUUUCAGUAUCCAAGUCAAAGCUAUGAAGGUAAAAUUUUCCAAGCCACUGCAAAAUAUAGUAGGACUCAAGGGUAGUGACGCUGUUUUGAGAUGUGAACUCCACAAAUCCAAAGGAGAUGUCCAGUGGCUAAAAAACAACCAAGAAAUCACACCAAACCGACAUUUUACAAUACGUGCAGAUGGGCAAGAAAGAAGCCUCACAAUACACAAUAUAACAGAUGAUGAUGAAGGAGAAUAUACAUGUGAAUCAAAGGAUGAGAGAACAUGUGCAACACUAGUAGUUAAAACCCCUCGUGUUGUGGAGUUUAUUGCUGAGCUGCACAACAUAACUGUAAUGGAAGGAGAAGAUGCGACAUUUAAGUGCGUGGUGUCCCCAGAAGAUGCAAAGAUGGUCUGGUGUAGGAAUGGAUGGCCCAUUACAUCAAACGAGAGGUUUAAAAUCUCAAGUAAUGGACUGUGCCACAUGCUGUAUAUCAGAAACUGCCAAGUAUCAGACAGCUGCAAGCUAACUGCAGAAGCCGAAGGAGUGAUAUCCAAAGCUAUCCUACAGGUUCAAGAGAAACAGGUGCUGUUCACAAAGAAAAUGGAGUCAGUGGUGGCAGAGGAGUUUGGGGAGGCAACUCUUGAGGUGGAGCUGAGCCUGGAAUGUGGAGAAGUGCAGUGGAUGAGACAAGGUGUGGUCAUACACCCAGGACCUAAGUUCGCACCAAAGCAAUGUGGCCAAAAACGGAUGCUCACAAUCCACAAACUCGCCCUUUCUGAUCGUGGGACUUACAGCUGUGAAACUCUUCAUGAUCGCACACAAGCCGUGCUCAGCGUGGAACCACGGAAAGUUAAAAUACGGAAAGGGCUGAGGGAGAUCCAAACAUUUGAGCGUGAGACAGCAUCCUUUGAGGUGGAGCUGACACACAGCAAUGUUGAAGGCAUGUGGCUGAAGGACGGAAACCGCCUCAAAAGCAACAACCACUGGCGCAUGACUACCAAAGGUCGCGUUCACAGCUUGACCAUAGCCAACCUGUCACUGGAAGACACGGGAACCUAUACGUUCUCCACCGAAAAUGCAAGAUCAUCUGCCAGACUUACUGUUAAAGAAAUACCAGUGUCCAUUCUGAAAAAGCUGGAGGACAGCACUUUCCCAGAGGGUACAGGAGCCACCCUGGAGUGUGAGCUGUCCAAAUACAAUGUCACUGUCAAGUGGACAAAGAAUGGAGAAGAACUUAAGCCAGGGAAGAAUCAUCGUAUCUACUCCAUGGGGAGGAAGUGCUUCCUGCAGAUCUUGAGAUGUGAGCUUGGAGAUUCGGGUGUAUAUGUGUGCGAUGCGGGAGAUGCCACCACUUCCUGCUCUGUGGAAGUUUACGAGAGAGACCUGGAAGUAUUACACAGUCUGGAAGACCUGGACAUUCAGGAGGACCAGAAUGCUGUGUUUAUGUGUGAGGUGUCUCUGGAUGACGUACCUGGAGAGUGGUUUAAGAAUGGAGAAAAAAUCAAACCUACUAGCACCAUCAGGAUCCGUCAAGAAGGAACCAAGCACUUCCUUCUUAUGUGCAACGUUAAGGAAGAGGAUUCAGGAGAAAUCAAGUUUGUUGCCAAGAAUGUCGAGUCUGUAGCUUACCUAGAGGUGGAGAGACUUCCUGUGAAUAUUGUAAAGCCGCUGCAAGACAAAACAGCUCUGGAAAACACUCGGGUCUUACUGGACUGCACUGUCUCCAACCCGCGCUGCAGCAUUCGCUGGUAUAAAGGCCGUAAUGUGAUCCUGCCGUCAGAGCGCUUUGAAAUCUGCAGUGAAGGCUGCUAUCGCAAACUUGUGAUUCAGGAGGUCACACUGGAGGACGCAGGCAUGUACAGCGUGCAGGUCGGAGAAAACACGUCCUCAGCCAGGCUCACUGUAGAAGCCCAGCCGAUCCUGAUGGUGCAGGAGCUGCAGGACGUGGAGGUGUCGGCUCCAGAGGAAGCAUGUUUCAUGUGUGAGGUCUCUGUGCCUGUGGUGAAAUCACCCAUGUGGACUCUGAAUGGGGAGGUGCUGAGACCUGGGCCCAAAGUUCUCCUGGAGAGGAUGGAGACGGUGCACAAGCUGACUCUGAAGCACACGUCAGAGGACAUGAACGGUGUUGUGGUGUUUGAUUCAGGAAAGGCCAAAAGCACAGCAAACCUGCGUGUCAAAAAAUAAUCCCUGCCUGAAAUGGACCCAUGGCUUUAUUUUGCGAUUUUGUAAACAAGGAGUUUUUAAUGGAACUAUUAUAUCCUUAAUACUACUUUUCUUCUGUUGAAAAUUCAAUGCUCUGGAUUUGUUAUAUAUUGUGAUUUUUCGCCUGCUCAAAUGUUUUUCCUGAAUUGUAAAUGACAGUAGACUAAAGUUGCAGCGAUGAGAGGAAUCCAUCACUAAUUCAUGGUUAACUACUUGGACAAAAAAUAGUCACAUCCACCAAUAUCAGUGUCAAUUUGUUGCGCACCUGGAAGAAUGCAAUUUAGCAUAAAACCAGAUCAUCAGUUGUUGGCCAGACUCUGAAUUUUCCUUUUGUCUUUCAUUUCCAAACAUAACAUAAUCUAGGAUGACAACUGUAGAGUCCUUAGGGCCAAGUCUGUGUGACUUGUUUGACAAGCAUGAUGAAACACUGGGACACUUUGAAUUCAAAAUAAUCAGAUCUUAAUCCCAAUAAAAACAUGGGACUAUUUGGAACAUCAGGUUCAAUACACCGGUGGCAUCACUACCUGACAGGAUUGAUACUAUUAUUAAGGCUAGGAGAGGCAUAACCCAUCAGUUAUCACCCUAGAGCAUUUGAGUGUCAAAGUUGUGUUCUACUUGGACAUAACACACAAAUGACAAUGUCACUGUUGGUCAACAACUGACUAUCUGGUUUUAUGCUAAGGUUCAUUAGUCCUGGUGCACAACCUAAUGAGAUAAUAAAGAACGUUGCUAAUAUUUCUGUCUGGGGAGCCAACACUUAAAUUGGUUGAGAAGUAAUUGUUUAAUUAUUUUACAUUUAUGUACAUUGACCUUUGUAUAGAUACCUUUUCUAAAUAAAUGUUUGUGGAAUGCAAAUUAAAGGGAUAUUGGGAGGUAUACGUUUACACAGGUCUGAAAAAGCACAGGGCCAAAAGGUUAUCAUAUGAAGCCUGAAUAUUGAUCGCUAGUAUAUUGAUAGCAAGUCAAAAAAAUAUCUACUAAACCAAUAGUUUUAUCAGACUAGCAGGAAACCUAUGUCAUUGACAAAUAGAAAUGUUUUCUUGAACAGUAUGACCUGUUGCAUCAUCCAUAUGUUUUAAAAAGUUUCUUGUAGUCAGCAGUGGUCCUGUUUCUUUGCUUUACCUAUAACCUCCAAUAAAAUAAUCUUUACCAA